GCCCGCAGUACAAAGACACUGCAGCCUGGAGGGGAUGCGGGUGUUCUCUGACAGCGCAUGAGCGACUUUAGGAACAAGGAUAUCGUUUUUACGGACAGAAGUUUUGGGCUCUUCUUGCCACAGUUGGCAAAAACUCUCCACCGUGGCCGUUGAGCAACACACGCGCGUGUGAAGCCUCCAAAGGGAGCUGGACCGGCCUCAAGCUGGAAACUUUGGAUCGACUGUUAAACUCUGAAGAUCCCGACAUGACUUGCUUGUUGUGGCCAUCCGCUAUGAGCUGUUGGUUGCUCUGUGGACUUCAAAGUCUCCAGCUGUGACGUGAAGUGAAACCACGAAGGAGUAACUGUUUUUUUACGCAGCGUGAUGGAGUCACAGCAGCUCGCAUGAAGUCCAACAUUUUUACGAUUCAUUCUUGCAGGAAAUGGCAAGUCGUGCCACAUUGAUGGAGCGCGCUGUGACUUUCAUAUGCAGUGUGCUGAUCUUAAUCAUCGGGCUCUGUGUCGGAUCUCCAAACCACAACCACCGGCUGGUUUGCUGGAAAGCGAUCCUCAAGUGUCACGGAGAGCCGGAUUGCCAUUACGCCUACGAUCAGUACCUCUAUGCCUGCGCGUCUGUCAUCAGCGGGGAUCGCAAGAAGUGUCCCAGCCACUGCAUAUCCUCCCUGAUCCAGCUCAACCUCACCCAGAGCGGCCCGGCUCUGGAGGACUGCGACUGCGCCCUGGACCCGGUGUGCCGGAGCACCAAACAAGCCAUCGAGCCGUGCCUGCCGCGGACCAGCACCAUGGGCUGCACCGAGGCGCGGCUGCAGUGCGAGAUGGACGCGUCCUGCAGCCUUGCCAUGAGAGAGUAUCUGUUCCACUGCCGAAAACUCUUCGGAGGACAGAGGUGCUCGGACGGAUGCCGCAGGGUGAUCGCCAACAUGCGCUCCAUACCCAAAGCGCAGCAGCUGGACACUUGUGUGUGCGAUGGCACCGAGAGGAACAUAUGCGAGUACAUAAAAGUGAGCAUGAAAACUUUCUGCUCGGAUUCCGGUGACAGGUUCGCGGGCAGCGGGUUUUCAGACUCUGAGGAGGACAGUGAGGACGAUUAUAUCGACCAGGAGGAUUAUCAGUAUGUGGAAAACUCCAGUGGCUGCCCAACUUGUCAUACUGCGCUCGGAGUUUUGACCACCAUUUUGGUUUUACGCAAAUUUAUGUGAAAAGCUGCAGCUAGAAAGUCACUUCUCAAAAGAAUCAGCACCAGCAAUCUACUCACCUGACUAAAAUUCCACUGCUUUGUCUUAAAACUAAUAUUCUGGGCUUUUGAAUCAACCAAAACUUUCUGCUGCAUGUCUACACAAAGUCAUUUAAAACAGGACAUUUGAUGUUUAUUAUUCACUAAUGUCAAUCACAAGCAGCUGUGGAUCACAUCAAGUAGUUAUUUUUCAUUUAUUCUCUCAAAAAUGUUACUAAUCUGACAAUAUUGAAGGAUCCUAUUUUUAUAUGUCAGCUAUAUAAAUGUAAAUUGUACAGUAUAUUGUAUAGAUAUAUAUAUAUAUGUCAAACUAUUUGUGUAUGAUAUGAAUGAUAAAAGAUUUGCACUGUUUGAAAAAGUGAGUCCAGCUCUUGUACUGCACUGCGACCCCAGAAGAAGGAAACAUGUUAAAAGUGCCUAAACGUCACCGACUCUAUAUAUCAUACAGGCUGUGAAAGCAGAGUCAUGCUCCUUGUCCCCACAACCCCUUCAUUUAAAACCAAAGUUGAUGUAAGCCACUACACUACUUGUCUUAAUCCCACAGGGCAGAUCACACGUCUGUAAAUAGAAGCUCUUCAGAGUGAUACACUUGACCUUUGUCAAUGUGGAUGUUUGCAGAAGGUAUAAAGUGUUAAUUCCUGAAAACUGUUCAAACAGACUGGAGAAAGGUAAACUCCUCCUCUAGGGGAUUUGCAGCACAAAUGGAGCCAAGAAGCAUUCAGUGGGUUUGUUUAUCUUCACCCCAUGUGUUUGUUAGAAGUCUUUACAAAGACAUACUGGUUAAAAAAAACAUGUCUGUGUUGGAGCGAGUGGAGCUAUUAAGUGCCCAUUAUGAACACAGACCUCUGAAUGUACGUGCACAAUAAAUACAUAAGAUUUAAA